CCAUCGACUUUUCAUUUGUGAAGAAAAUCUCACACAUUCUAUUUACAUAUAUUUGAUCAAAAAAAUAAAAUAAAAUAAAACAAAAACGUAUGAUCCAUUCACUUAUUACAUAGUAGUCCUUAGUUUAUAUUUUUUAUAUGGCUGAUCCUCAUGCGAAUGCGCCGUCCCGAGACGAUCAACCACCGCCCAACCCCUGCGUGCAAGUCCCAGCUGAACCUCUUGUGCUGCCAGAGGACCAAUCGCCGCGCUCCACGUCAUCGAAUCCGUCGCCUAGACCCGUUCGAUCUCCCGGUGGGUCUUCUAGUUAUCUCGGUAGCGGUAGGCAUCCGAUUUAUAGGGGAAUUCGGAGCCGGAGCGGGAAAUGGGUGUCGGAGAUCCGGGAGCCACGUAAAACUACACGUAUAUGGCUGGGUACGUACCCUACUCCUGAAAUGGCAGCCGCCGCCUACGACGUCGCAGCUCUCGCCCUCAAAGGCCCCGACACGCCCUUGAACUUCCCGGAAUCUAUUCUUUCUUACCCAAUACCAACAUCCAUGUCAGCCAGCGACAUACGGGCCGCGGCUGCUAGUGCUGCGGCAGUCAGGCAGUCCAAGAUAGAAACCGGGUCGAUUCCGGAUGCGGGUCUGCCUACCGCCGAGAGUACUUCUUCCAUAACCAGUACAAGCCGCGUUGAGUCAGGUCAAGAGUUUGUUGACGAGGAACUGUUUCUAAACUUGCCAAAUUUGCUAGUGGACAUGGCAGGAGCAAUGAUGGUGAGCCCACCAAGGAUAAACACGCCGUCGUCGGAUGAUUCGCCAGGGGAUUCCGAUGCAGAAGGCCUAUGGUCCUACCAGUAAACCAAUCCCUUUUCUCCAGCUACAAUUUACAAGGAAAAAUGGAGGGAUUUGAAAUGGGUAAUGUAAGGGGUUUUCUUCUUAUUUCAAAGCUUGGGUUUUGCUUAGAUUCUAGGUAGCCAGUAUUGAAGGGUGUGCAUCACUAUCAGUGUCUAGAAAACUAGCUGAAAAACUGCUAGGUGAUUGUGCUGCUACUUAUUGUUAAUUAUCUGUAAAUUUACUUGUCAGGACUAGGGAUAGCUAGGGAUGGGACGUCUCUUUCAUGUUUUCGUAAAAAGACUUUCUGUGUCAUUCUCGGUGAGGUGAGUCUGAUAUUUUAUGGUACGGAGAGUCUCUCAUCCCCACGACUUUUUCCCUGUUUUGGGUCUUAAGACAUGGAUUAGAAUUUUAUUGAUGAA